ACAACACAACCUGAUCUAUCACCGCGGCUGACAGCUGCAAGCGGCACGAAUUCAACUGCGACGGGAUCGAGAUAAUCGAGACGGUUGAGACGGCCAAUCGUGGAAAAGAGGCUUCACCCACUUCGAUAUAUUUGAGAUUUAGUUAACACGCACUUUUUCUGAUAGGAAUCGUUCGAUUUUAAGUAUUCUUUCUAUAUGAUCGCGUUAAUUUGUCUCAGCUUUAAAAUUACAAAGAUAUACUUUUUAUUAAUACAAUAGUGUUCUAGAUUGCAUUCCAAAACGUUCUUUUUAAAAAAAAUUUUACUCAAUACCUAUAGUUUUCUCACAUUACAUAUACUAUAGAGUAUCGAGUAAAAUUUCCUAAAAAAUGACGUUUUGGAACGCAAUCUUAGAACAGAGGUUGCUUUCGAGAGGCACAAGUCGACACAAACAUCAUUCUAUCUUUGUUCCUUAUUUAGUGAGUAACAAAUAUAGGAUAAUACUUGUGUCGACUUGUGUCGACUUGUGUCGACUUGUGUCUCUUGUUGAAAAGCAACCAGAGCCUUUUGGCUCCGUAGUAACCAUCGAAAUCCGUAAGAGGCGCUGUUUGUCUUACAUUUCGGCUUCAGCUGUUGGCUUAGCGUCACUCCGUGUAGUGCUUCCAUGAGAGUAACAUCUGUGGUGUAGAUCUUUGCAAUACGAAAGAGAGAAACUUGUAGAAGUCGAGGCGUGUUCGAGAGUCAGUCUUGUUCUGACAAACUGUGCAAGGAUCAACGCAAUGACGGGUUUCACGGAAAGCGCGUUGGUAAAGCGGUUAAUGGAUCUAAACAAUUCGCAGCAGAGUAUCCAGACGUUGUCGCUCUGGCUCAUUCAUCAUAGAAAACAUCAUCCGACGAUCGUGAAGGUGUGGUUCAAGGAGAUGUGUAAAGCAAAGGACAAUCGGAAGUUGAUGUUUAUGUACCUGGCGAAUGAUGUCAUCCAGAAUAGCAAGAAGAAAGGACCAGAAUUUGGGAAAGAAUUUGAGACAGUUCUCACAAAGGCCUUUGAACAUAUGAAGGGUUUUGAUGAAAAAACAAAAGGGCGAUUGAAUAGGUUAUUACAGAUCUGGGAGGAACGAGGAGUUUAUGAUAAAACCCUGAUGGCAGAAUUCAAAACAGCCUUUACAGAUACGAUAAAAGAUGGAGGAACACCACCACCACGGAAGAAAGCAAAACUCGAUAUUGAGAAGAUAAAGAAGGAGAAAAAAGAGAGGAAGAAGUCUGAGACUGAAGUGGAGGUAGAUGGCACCAAAGAGCUUCAUGUAACGUUGAGUCCUCGUACACCAGCUGGCGAUCCACCAGAAACUGAGGAGCUCAUAAAGGCCCUAAUGGAUCUGGAAAAUACCGCGUCGUCGGACGCCGGUGUUAGGGAGCGUAUCGCAUCCUUACCACCGGAAGUGUCGGAAGUCUCUUUGCUCGCAAAUCUCGCCGAUCGAACGGCCGCGGAUCAAUUAAGCGUUGCGGUGAACGAAGCCGCUGCUCUUCUUGCUGACUAUAAUGGACGAUUGCAAGCCGAAAUGGAGGACAGGAGAAGAUUGUUAACGAUGCUUCGAGACUACACUUUGGCACAGAGACAGCUACUUCAGCAAGCGCAAAGCACUUUAGAGGACUAUAAAGAAAAACUGAAGAAAGUCUGCACAGUGCGAACGGAGGUAAAGUCUCACAUUUCAAAUCUUCCGGACUUGACGCAAUUGCCGGACGUCACGGGCGGCCUAGCACCUCUUCCCUCCGCUGGAGAUCUGUUUUCCAUGCACUAGUAUAAGCUUGCAUUCGCGCGUGACAGUUGCGUUUAUAGUUUUUAUCACUUUAAUGUCGCCGAUAGGGAAGAAUACGAAUCGUGGAACAGCAAGUAUUUUUUUUCUUUUUACAUCGAUAAAAGGAGAGUCGUCCACGAUGACUUUGUACUACCAAGAGAAACAUUUGAUAAAUUCGAUAUUAAAAUGAGAUAUAAAGUAUAACUACAAAACGAGAGAAAUAUUGAGAAACGAGGCGAGACAUUAUGACUACAUGUUAGUAACGGCUGCACAUGUUUGAGCAAUACAAAUCGCUACGCAAAUUGCUCGUGUAAUAUAACUCUCGAUUUUGUACGUUACGUGAUAAGUUGUUUAGCUCCUUCUAAGUGCUUUCUUCAUGAGAAAAUAUAGCGAAUGAACCAACGAAAAUUCGCUUUUCUGAAUGAAUUGAUGAAGAAACGAUUCCAGCAUAAGAAACGCAAGAAAGAUAAUAAUGUUCUUGCGAUAUAACGAACUGAGAAAUUCGAAAUAUAUUGUUCAAAAUAUAAAAUUCAUUUAACAUCACAUUAUUAAUUUUAUCAAAUUUAUUUUGUACCAAUCAAUAUAAACGGAUUUAACUCAGAUCAGUUGAGUGAUAUACAAUAUUCAAAACGAAUUAAUUGCCUAUAUUAUCGAAUGGUACUUGCAGGUUUAACUAAGUAGAAUCAGGAAAUGAAGCAAUAUUACACUUAUUCAAAUAUAUUAUUUUAAAUGUGUUUAUUGAAAAUUGAAUACCAAAAGUAUUUAGACUUUUACUGAUGCAAUCAUUCGAAAAAAUGAUUCUCUAAUCGUUUUGAGUAGUGUAUAAUGUGAUAUAAUAUAUAGCAACCGUUAUAUAUGAGUUACGAAGUGCAUGCCAACGGAUCGAUGAUGACCAUAGAAAUACCUCAAAAUGAUAAAUCGUACUUUAUGAGAUUCAUACAACUGACGUGUUACUUGGACACUUCCUGCUAAGUUGAUGGUAAUACAUUCGUAUGCAUAUAUGACACGUAUCGUGACGGAACUUAUAAUUAUUUGGACAUCGACUCUGUUAUUAAUUAUUUGAAAAGUCUUACCACGUGAUUUUUUAUCACGUCAUCACUGUUCAUCGGUAAUCAUCAAGAGAUUGCUCUCACAAAUCGAGUAAGCAUUACCUGUACAUAUAUAUACCAAUGUAGUACAUACAAUAUCGAGACUGACGACGAGAAAGCAGUCUCCGCGUAAAGAUGCAACAAUGUACAUGUAUUAUUUUAAGAAAAUACGCGUAAAUCAUGUGGGCUGCGCGGAAAAUAAUAUUGUAAUAUGCAACAAAUUACAAUUAAAUGUUUUGAUCGUUAUAUACACCGUG